AUGCGACCCCACAGCCUUAACCAGAGCUGGACGCUAUGGGUGAAUGGGGGCCGCGAUGAAAACCGCAAAUUAGCUGGCCAGCGCAUGCUCUGUAAUAUCGGUACUGUGGAAGAAUUUUGGCAAGCGGUGACACAUUUAAAGCCAAUUGUCGAGAUUGAUGACGAUUUCGCCGAGAUCCAGUUUUUCAAACACGGAGUUAAGCCCGAAGAGAACGACCCCGGCAAUGCUUCUGGGGGGCAGUGGAUCCUCAGGAUCAAGCGCGCAGGCACUCAAACGAGAAACCAACUCGAUUUCCUGCUAGACGUAGCGACGGUGUGGGAGCAUCUCUUGAUGUCGGUGAUUGGGGGCAGUUUUAGCAAGGAUAAAGUGUAUUCGCCAGCAGAAAUCCAGGGGGUAGUUUUUUUAGUGUUCCCAGACGAGUUCUGGAUAUCUGUAUGGAACAAGACUGCUUUGAACCCAACCAUAGUCAAUGCUAUCAGGGAGGAGCUAGAUGCGACGCUCGAAAAGCAUCUUGGGAGGCUCGGUGGGGUGAUCUUCGAAUACCUUCCUCAUUCUCAAGCUUUGGAGAGCCCCAAACACCGGCAUAAGCAUCGAGGACAUCAUCUGCACUACUAG